AUGUCCGCUUCAGGUCCCGCUCAACGGAUGCCCUGUAUGACCGCCGAAGUCGUCAAGGAAUGGACAGAGAAAGAUGCAGUGGCCUUGAAGAGAACUCAUGACCUUUUAUCUCGGCCUAUUCCACUCGGAACUUUGGGAUACGUUCCCAAACCGGACAAUGUGUCCAAGGGAAAGUAUGUCGCCUUCCAACCUUGGGUUAAAGACGACAGAGGAUAUCGCUACAUGUUUGUCAACAAUCUUGGCAAUUCUGUGUUUGUCGAGAAGUCGUGCCUUGUUUUAGGACGCCCCAGACUGCAGACGCCCCGGAUUGUUGGACUCGACAAGUCUUUCGACCUCGCCAAAGUCCGAAAGAAUUUGGAAACUCCCUGGGCGCGGUUCCUCGCCGCUUUCUUUGAGACUUGCCUCGCAGCCGAAGACUCACUGGUCAGAUCAGGAGUCAGUCCUGAGCAGAUGGGAUUGCUGAAGCGACAGAAUGGCGUUCCCUUCCUGGUUGACGCGAUCAUUGAUGGUAUGACCAGAGCAGGCACUCUAGAUCUGUUCCGGAACGAGAUGCCCAGCAUUGAUCAACUGUCCGCCAAGGGUAAGAGGCUCAAAGACUUCACCGCCAACGACAAGAGGAAACUCGAAAACACUCUCACUCUGUACGUCAUUGUGUACGUUCGAAAGAAUCUCUCACAAGGCAAGUUGGAAGGCCUUCUCUAUGGCGGGCGGACGAUCAAAGGAUACGAUCGUUUUGUUCAACACGAUGACAACAUCAACUCCGAGUCUAUCACCAAGAGUGCCAUCAACCACUACCAAACGGCCAAGAAGUUCGAGAACAGUGAAGUCUCCAGCAGCAGUCACUUCUGGUCUUCGACCGUGGCCCAAAAGAUCAGCAGCAUUGUAGAGCAGCUGACUGUGUCCAACGACCCGCGAAACCCGGCCCUCUUUCCUAAGUUUGGUCCAAAGGCCAUCCGUGGUCUCGAUCAUGGUCUCAACUGGAGCUCUCCAGUGAUGGAAAUGUUCCACGAAGAGGCCGGCCUCUGGACUCGAACUCUGAUCAGGGACGCGAAUGGUAACCCCAGCUACUGGGACUUCAAAGGCCCGCCACGAAAGGUCAGAGAAGAUCAAUACAUUUGGGAAAUAGCGGCGACAAUCAGUACUUUCGAAUUUCCCUCCGAGAAGAUGCUGGUAAGUCCUGGCCUGUGA